AUGACACUUGACGAGAUUAACGAUCCCAUAACCAUAACCCAUAACGAUCCAGUAUUACAAAAAGUUAAGAAAUGUCUGAAAGAGGGAAAAUGGGAUGAGAACAAUCCUGAUCUUAAACCGUUUAGACUUUGCGCCGACGAACUUACGUACAAUGCAUCAGCAGGUAUACUGUCGAAGAACACACGGCUGGUCAUUCCAACAACAUUACAAGAAAGAGCAACAAAAUUAGGUCAUAUCGGGCAUCAGGGAAUUGAGAAAACGAAAAGCCUACUACGCGAAAAGAUCUGGUACCCAAAUAUGGACAAACGAGUGAAAGAAAUG